AAGGUGGCAUGGAGAAAAUAAAUUGGAGAGGCCAAUGAUUACGCCUAGAAGCCAUUGGAAUUGACUGUAGGCAGUAAUCAUUGUAUUCCUACACAAACUUUAUGUCCAGUUAUAGUCAUAAUGGAAGGAAUGGUAGAGGUGGACUAUAGAAACUCGGAACAGCAAAAAAGUGUUUAUCAAGUGAUAAGAAUUUUCAAAAACUUUCACAAAUAAAAAUGAGGUUUGCGAUUGUUUGUGAGGCGAAGCUUGUAUAUUAUUUAAGAUACGAAUGAUACCAGGAUAGUGGGGCUGAUAAAUAUAAUUGGGUGAUCAGAAUCUUCAGUUGGAAGUCUGAAGUUCCAGUGGUGUGCUUCAGAGAGUGAAUAAAUCAGAUGAGGAUUGAGAUAGACAGAGGGAUGCUACAGAAGUGUGCCGGUGGAGUUUGCAAGAAGGAUUAAAAGGAGUGGGGGCAGGGAAGGCAAGGUAGAGAGAGAGCAUAGCAAGUGAUAAUUUUGCUUUGUAGAGAAAGGAUUCCAUUAAAUCUUAAUAUUUGGAAUAUAUAAUGUUGAAGCUCAAAACAAGAUUACAAAAACUUGCAAGAGACCAUUUCAUCCUGUAAAAAAAAGCAUCGAACUGGGAAAGCAUGAAAAAUGAGGCAUGUUUUGGAGGUCUCAGGGUGGCUUUAUAACAAGAUUAUAAACACUUUCGUUGUUAAUGUAUUUACUUGUGGGAACUAGGAACUGAGCAAUUGUUGCUCUGGGCAAGCUAGUUACUUUAUUUCAUCGAUGCCAAAAGUCUGCCCAAUAUUUAUUCCGUGCAUUGCUGUCCAUGAUGACCAAACUGUGGCGCUGUGCUCGCUUCAUUAGAAGACAUCGCUUUGCAUAAAACCAGUGCAAUCUUCAGAAGGGAGCGGUGCUGUACCUGAUGAUAAUCCGCCACAAAAAGUCCGGACUAAGGCAACCGAUUUGGACGGUGAUCAACUGAAUCCCAAGGCUGAAAGGGAUUAAGUCUAUAUGCAUAUAUAUGUUUAAAGGCAUUUAUGAACCAGGUGCUCAGAAAAAAACUGUGUUUUUUAAAGGGGGUAUCACUGAAAUGAUAGGUGCACGCAGGGGGUCCUGAGCUCCCCGGGCGCGCGCCUGUCGCCACAUCGUGGGCGCGCGAUGCGCGCUCCCUGGUUCACGCGCGCAGAGCCCCGGGUACUGGGCGGCGCGCGGCCGCUGUCCCCCUGCCCAUUGACUCCUCCCUCGCUCCCACUCCUCGGACCGCCAGCGCCCGGGGAAUCCUGCAACUACUGCAACACAAGCAGAGAGCCGGUGGAGCCGGUGCUGGAGUCGGCUGUUGGUGCUGCCACCCGGAAAAAAAACAACUCUGCCCUGAGCAGCGGCUAUAAGCUUGGCGCCUUUUCACCCACUCUCCAGAAAUCACCUUAAAUGCCAAUUGCCGCGAAGAAGACAAAAAAAUAUAAUACAAUUAACAAAUGACAAUGGCAAUUAAAAAACUCCUGGCUUGUUGCAUUUGCUGGACUUUGCUCCUAUUCAUUCACGAGGUUUGCUGUCAAUUGGCUCCUGAGUGCUACCCUGGUGGUCACCAGCUUCUUCAGAACCCCUACAGAAGUGUGGACUUUGAUUCACUUCGGUUGCAACAGUCAGCGAUACAGGAGCUGAUAUGCGACCACUCUUUAACACCCGGAUGGUAUCGUUUUCAGAUAUUUGAUAAACCUGCAGAAAUGCCAACAAAAUGUGUGGAGAUGAACCAUUGUGGUACUCAAGCCCCUGUCUGGUUGUCUCUGAGGGAGACGGAUUCUUUGCCCGAGCCUGGAGAGAUUAAACAUUUGACUGCCUGUGCAACAUGGCAGUUUUUCUUCAGUACAACAAAGGACUGUUGUCUUUUCCGAAUUCCAGUCAGUGUCCGAAACUGCGGUGACUUUUUUCUGUACCUACUCCAACCUACACAAGGGUGUAUGGGAUAUUGUGCAGAAGUCAUCUCUGAAACAAAAGAUAAAAGCAACUGUGGUCCAGGUGAUACAGAAAUUGGAAACGUUUGUAGAGCUAAACAUCCACCAGCUCCAUCUGCUCUUGAAGUUGUGGCUGAGCUAGAUAAUAGCAGUGUUUAUCUGAAGUGUUCCUUUGAGAGUCCAGCAGUGAACAGUUCUCUUGGAUUUAUUAUCACUUGGUUCCGUCUUUCAUCCGAUGGAACCAAACAGGAGCUGCGAAAAGAAACCACAGUCCAGGCAUUUUCCUUCAUAGAACUGGAUGGAAUAAGUCUCAGACUUGGGGACAGGUUUUACUGUAGAAGCUCAAGUUUCUACUUGGAUAGUCCAGAUAAUCAAGGACCGUCUGUUGAAAGCAAGGAAUUUUUUGCUGGUAUUAAGAUUCACCCUGAGGCUUUAACUGUAGCAGAGGAUGGCAAGCAACAUAGGCUGGUAUUUGAGAGCACUGUCCCUAUCCCAUGCACUGAGUUCAGCCAGGCAGAAGAUGAGUGUAAACUCACAAUUUUGCUUAACACAGUGAAUCAAGAUUCGCCAAGUUCAGGAUAUUCGGGCUCAAAUCUUGCCCUCUCAUCAUGUUAUGUGGACCUAUACCAAGUACCUUGCAAUCGAGGCAUAUGCUCCCGAUCAUCUGUUUACUAUACAGCAGUGACUGACUUUGUGCAGGAUGGUGACAGAGGAACUGAAGUCCUAUCAUUGCCUAUUGCCACUGGAAACUUCCUCUGGAAUAGCUACAUCCCAGAUCCAGUUCAGAUAAUGGUGAAAGAUGUCCCUGCUGCCUACUGCUAUUCAUUUACCGAUCCACACCUGAUCACUCUUGAUGGCAGGCGUUAUGAUAACUACAAGACUGGGACGUUCAUGCUCUACAAGAGCAUCACUCGAGACUUUGAAGUUCACGUCCGUCAAUGGGACUGUGGGAGCUCUCAUUAUCCGGCUUCUUGUAACUGUGGAUUUGUGGCUAAAGAAGGUGGAGACAUCAUUGCUUUUGAUAUGUGUAAUGGGCAGCUACAUGAAACGAAACCACACUUAUCAGUGAAAAGUCAAGAAAUUAAGGGUAACAACAUUAAAAUAACUGAAUCUUACCAAGGAAAGAAAGUAACAAUCACAUUUUCUACUGGAACAUUCAUCCGGGCUGAUGUGGGUGAAUGGGGAAUGAGUUUAACACUCAGAGCACCUGGCAUUGAUUUCCAAAGUACCAGAGGUCUUUGUGGGACUUUUGAUGGUGAUAAGAGUAAUGAUUUUCAAAAUUCAAACGGACCCUUUGUUGAAGAAGAGAUUGACAAUCUUGAUGUUUUCAUUGAAAGUUGGAGAAUUAUGCCAGGAAAGAGUCUAUUUGACAGAACUGCGGCUUCACCUAUUACUAUCAAAAGGAACCGUUAUUGUAGUUGUAGCACUGAGUCAAUAAUGCUGCAGCCGUCUUCAAAUAAACUUGAUUCCGUUCCUCAAUCUGGAAUUCCAUUGGCCUGUACAGGCAACGAAAAUGUGAGAUUUUACAAUUUAAUACCAGUGUUGGAUGUUACAGCAGAGUAUAUCAGUACUGUCGAGUUGAAUAGAGGAAUUAGCAGGCGCCAUGCUGAAAACAAAAUUACAUCUCCCAUUUUAACAGAUAUCUAUUAUACCAGUAGAAGCAAACAAAAUCAAACGAUCCACUUUGCAAGGGUCUCCUAUGUUCAAAAAAAAGAUGCCAUACUGAGAAAACGAGGAAUAUCAAGGGAACACAAAAGGAACAAACAUAAAGGCAACUCCAACCAUCAUAGAAGACGGAAACGCCAAAAUUACUAUGAAAACAUACCCACUUUCCCUUUUCAAAGUCUUACUCAAACUGACUUGGAAGGAUUUAGUUACUUUUUUCCUGAGGACCAUAUUUCUGACUUUCAACAAGAGAUCUUACCUUCCUGGCCCACACCUUCUGGGCUGACAGAAUCAAAGGCAUUUAAUUUAUGCGAACAGAUGGUUGCCAAUUCCAGCAUUGGCCGAGCCUGUGGAGAGAUGCUUGGCCAACGAUACACGGAUGUUAUAGAUAUCUGUAUCUUGGACCUUCAGCUUAAGGAUGAUCUCAGUUGGGCAAAUAGAGGCCUCAGUUUAUUGGAAAAUGAAUGUGAAAGGAAGCUUUUGGAAGCUGGGUUCUUUCAUGAAAGCGACAAUGGGGACUUGUCCAAAGUACCUCAAGACAUUUUAUCUGCGCUAAGGUGUCCCAAUUUUUGCAGUAGCAAUGGUGAAUGUAUUGAGUGGGGCUGUGCCUGUUUUCCAGGCUUCAGCACCUAUGACUGCAGCGUUUUAGUUGAUCAGCUUCCGGAGAUCACAGAGUUGGAGAAUUCUGGGUUGUGUGAUAUUCGACAGUUUGACUGUACCACUGUGAGAAUAUUCGGCCGUGGGUUCAUGGAGUCUGCAAGUUUAACGUGUGAAAUCAUUAAGUUACAUAUUGUCGAUGAUGAAUGGAUUCCAACUAUGUCACAGUUGUCAAAGGCAGCUUUCUUGAGUGGUCAAGCUGUGGACUGCCUAAUUCCCUCUGAGGUUGGUCAACCAUUUGAAAACAUUGUCCUCGCCGAUGCCAAGCCAAUUUCAAGAUGGCAAGUCAAGAUUUCAAAUGAUGGGUACACAUUCAGCAAUUCUCAGUUUUUAACAUUAUUCGAUGGAAUUUGUCAAAUUUGUGAGCCAAGCUUGGAUGGACUCUGUACUUUAAAGGAGAACACAUGCAUUAUUGAUGGACUCUGCUAUGGCAUAGGGGAUCUUAAUCCAAGUAGCCCCUGCCUUUUGUGCAGACCAGCCACAUCCAAAUUCGAGUGGACAAUUACUGAAAAUAACCUGCCCCCAAAAUUUCAACCUCCACAUGAUAAACUACUUACGUUUGUUGGUGAACAUUUUGUGUACCAAUUCUUGGCUUCUGACCCAGAAGGUUCUGCUGUUGUUUUCAACAUGGAUUCUGGUCCCCAGGAUGCUAGUCUGUCUCCUGCAGGACUACUAGUAUGGAGAGUUUCUUUCCAGGAAUUACAGAGCUUCACGUUUUCACUUACAGAUGACUGCAAUGCCGAAACUAAAGUGUCAGUGGAGGUCGCUAUAAAGCCAUGCAACUGUUUGAAUGGAGGUUCCUGUGCUACAAAUAUAAACUUUCCUCCUGGAAGUGGAGAGUACAUCUGUAUCUGUUCCGUGGGUUUUAAAGGAAGUUUCUGUGAAGUGAAUAUUGAUGACUGCAAAUCUAAUCCAUGUGGGUUUGGUAACUGUGUAGAUGAAGCAGAAGGUUAUUCAUGUAAAUGUCAAGAAGGUUUUCAAGGUCCCAGUUGUCAAGUGGAUGUUGAUGAGUGUGAAGCUAACUCGUGCUUUCCAACAGUGCCUUGCUAUAAUACAUUUGGUUCCUAUAGGUGUGGCUCAUGUCCACCAGAAAUGGAUGGAGAUGGAGAUGUGUGCACAUUAAAAUCUGAAAGCAGAAAUACUUAUGAUUCCCCAAUUACGGCAGCAACUGAGAUCUUCGAUGAAGACUACACUUUUAUAGACGAGGAAGCUGAGGCACAAGAAGGGGAGUUACAAGACGUGGAUGUUGAAGAUUAUGUUACUGACAUGAAUGAACUUACAGAGGCAGUAUUAUGGACAAAUGAGGAUGAGCAAAGUUCCAUCACCACCAGCUCUGGCCCUGGUUUUAAAAAACCCAGAGGUACCAUAUCGACUGCAAGAGUCUCGACUACAACUACUAUGCCUAGCGUGACAACAUCUACUGCCAAGAGACAGCAUUUUCAUCAUUGGACAACUAUCUAUCAUGGGUUUACAGACCAUCCCAUCAUCUCAUCGAGGGAAUUUACAGCGGGAAAACUUCAAGAUGAACCAAAUUGGCCUUCCAUGUUCUGAAAUAAUGAAGGGUUUAGAGAAAGCAUCUCAACAGAAGUAACAAAUGGUAAUGCAGUACCCAAUAGCAAGAAAGGAGAGAUAAGCAUUUCAAAAACCAUUAAUCCAACAUUGACUCGGAGAAGGCCGUUAAUAAAAACACAGCCUCCCCUUGUGCCUACAAAUUCAGAAAGCUUUUACACAGAGGAUGAACUAAUGCCUGAGCCACAGCUGGUUACAUGUGCAGAUUUGCCAUGUUUUUCAGGGGUUCCCUGUGAACCAACUCAGUACGGAAGCUUCAAAUGUGGACGGUGCCCUUUUGGCUAUUUUGGAGAUGGAGUCACCUGCAAAGCAAUUUGCAGAUAUCCUUGCGGCAGGAAUAUGGAAUGCUCUGCGCCAAAUACCUGCCGCUGUAAGCCUGGUUAUACUGGAUACAACUGUCAGACUGCAAUAUGCCGACCUGACUGUAAAAAUCAUGGGAAAUGCCAGAAACCCAAUGUCUGUGAUUGUCUGCCUGGAUAUGGAGGACCAAUCUGUGAUGAAGUUUAUUGUGAACCAGCAUGCCAACAUGGAGGAAUAUGUUUGGUUCGAAACCUCUGCACCUGUCCAUAUGGUUUUGUUGGACCACGAUGUGAAACAAUGAUUUGCAACAGGCAUUGUGAAAAUGGAGGUGAGUGUGUCUCUCCAGAUGUCUGUCAGUGCAGAUUAGGCUGGUAUGGUCCAACAUGUAACACAGCUGUUUGCAGUCCUGUUUGCCUAAAUGGUGGGACAUGUAUCAAACCCAACAUCUGCAUGUGUCCGAAUGGAUUUUUUGGAUUGCAGUGCCAAAAUGCAAUUUGUAUGCCGCCUUGCAAGAAUGGUGGUCAUUGUAUGAGAAAUAAUGUCUGCUCGUGUCCUGACGGCUACACUGGAAAAAGAUGUCAGAAAAGUGUCUGUGAGCCAAUGUGCAUGAAUGGAGGAAGGUGUGUGCAUCCCAAUGUCUGCUCUUGUAUGUCUGGCUGGAGGGGGAAAGGAUGCAACAUACCUGUCUGUAUACAGAAGUGCAAGAAUGGAGGAGAAUGCAUCGGACCCAGUAAUUGUCAUUGUCUGCCUCGAUGGGAAGGUCUACAGUGUCAAAUACCUGUGUGUCAACAAAAAUGCUUGUAUGGAGGCAAAUGCAUUCUUCCGAAUGUUUGUUCCUGUCGUCCGGGAUAUACCGGAAUCAUCUGCGGCAAAAAGGUACCAAUAAGACUGGGUUAACGUGGCCGCAGUAGCUAAUAUUCCUUCAAGAAAUAAUGGACAUAACAUUGACGUUAACCGAAAACUGGAAAUGACUUUGCUCAUUUAUUAUUAUUACAAACAAAUAUGCAUUAAAUUAAAUCAAACCAUGCACCAAUACUUGCAACUGUAUUAAACCGUAGUGCUCUUCGAGUGUUUGAGUAAAGUGGUGUUUACAGCUAAAUAAUGAGGUACUGUAAAGCAAAUUAAAUUACUCUCAUACCACUUUCUGUAGCUUUACUACCUCAAUGGAAAGGCAAGGGUUCAUUACAGGACACUUGGAAAAGUCAUCUGUUUUGUGAAACAUUUAAAUUUACAUAAUCCCCACCUGCUGUGGAACAUUUAUUUUGAUUUGUUUACCAAACUCCAGAAGACCAGUAAAUUGUUUCAAAGAGUUAUUCUCAUUGCAUUGUAUCUCAGUUGAAAUUUCAGGCUGUGAUUAUUAAUGAUGAUAUCUGCAACCCAUGUUAAAAGUUAUGUUUAACCCAAUAAUCUGUUCUCCUAGUGAUUUUCCCCCAAGCCGUGUAGUGUAAUCCAUUCAUGUGAAUUUCAAAUCAACUCUGAAUUGAAGGAUCAAUAACCAACCGAGGGAGAACCUCAUCCAACCUGAUUCUAUCCAAAUGGAAAGACUUGUAUUUUGGAAAAUUAUCAAUUAAUAGAUCAGAAAGUUCAGUAAAUUUAGACUCAGAAUUGCCAAAACUAACACGAGUGGUUGAACCUUUAAAUCUUUGCAGCAUUUUAAGAGGCAUUACCCCACUCGUAAUAAAUGCCUCCAACAUCUGGAGCAAGCUCGAAGUUCAAUCACCAAAUUCCUGAAACACAAUAGUCAUUACCUAUUAUGGAAUCAAAUUGUACAUACUUUAAGGUUUGAUUACUAUUGUAGGGAGAAAAAUGAUGGGUAAAUGGACCUUUAAAACAAUGUUACCAAAACCAGUUCAAAAUGGCAUUUAUCACACUGCUUAUAUCCUGGGUGCAAUUUAACACUGUAAUUCAGUAUUGCCUUCACUUCAUUUGCUUAUACUACCCAGAAUACAUUAAUUAAACUGCAACCACUUAUGUAAAAUAAUGUUUAUCUAAAAACAUGAUAAGUGGAAUUCGAAAGCAUGUGCAUUUCCAGAAUUUGGCCCAAUCAAUAAAUGCAUUUGCGUAUGGCAUGCCAUGCAAGUUCAGGAGUUAACAAGGUGGUUAUGUUUUAUUUUACCUAUAGCACAACAUUUGUAGGAAAUUAUUAAAAAUCAUGAUUUUAUCACUAAAUAGGAUUAGCUUUGAUGUAAAAAAUGUGUUCACAAAGCCAUGGAUUCAUGCACAAUAUAUUGCUACAUUUCCUUCAGCUACAGUUGCAUGUUAUUAAUAUUUUCCUCAUACAAUAUUCAUCUCAAGUUAAAAAAGUGUUUAUAAAGUUUAAAUAAAUCUACAAACUAGUAUCCAGAUUAAAUAAUUGUUUUACACUAUUUCUAUAAACAUGACCCUAAAAAAUUAUUGCAUAAUACAUGUACAUACCAAAAUGUAUUCAAGUUUAUUUCUUGGUUAAUUAACACUGUAUAUAUAAAUGAAUUGUGAACAUUAAGGUUUUCAUGUAAAAGUAUUAAAUUUAUUUUCAAUUACUGAGUUGUAAAUGCUGUACAUUCCAAAUAAACAUGUGAAAAUCCAAGGCUUUCUUUUAAAGUAAUCAAU